AUGGAGGAACUCCCAAUCCUCAUCGACGACCUCGAGGUAGGCAAGGUGGUCAUCCGAUCAGAAGCCGCUCAAGCAAUCCAGUCUGCGAGAGAUGCGGAUUCCAACAUCUCCAGCGUCGACGAACACGCCCAGUUCUGUGCUUUCAGCGAUGGCAGCCACCGUGACGGUCGAGGUGGCGUAGGCAUGGUUUACAGGAGACAGUGGCUACCUGAUCGAUGGGCUGCCGAUCAAACUGACAAGCAUCCAAACGGACUCGGAGCCUUUGUCAAGCAAAUCUUCCUGUCAUACUGUGAUCCAGACAAUACAUGCACUCAACGCCGAGAGCAUUUGUUCUCCUACGGCUUCAAUUGCGAUUGCCCGCUCUGCGUGGCUGAGGACACUAUUCCCGCAAUACUGAACAAGCGUGCCGAACUGAUCGAGGAGUCCAACAACUUCAUUACAACAAGUUUGGCUUCCGCAGACCUCUCCAAACUCUCUGAGACUACCAUUUGCGCCGCAGAAGAAUUCCGGCGACAACUAGAGGUGAAUGGAACGCCGGAGGAGAAACUCACGAGGGCGCUCAACGCGCUGAGGAAUUACUGGUACUUCGUCCAGAUCGGCAAUAGUGUCAGGAUCGAUCGUUCGACAGCCGUUCCGCUCGGACCGGCGAUAACGAUCGCAUUGGUAGCCACUACUGCAAGCUUACAAUUGGGCAAGACUGAGGUCGCCUCGCAGCUCCAAAAUCCCCGCAAGGAGAUAUACAUCAUUAUUCACGGUUUUGAGAGCGGCCGGGGCUUGGAGGAUAUGGACCGCGACUUCGGCAUCUGA